CAGAGCUCUGAGUGUCCACACUGUGCACAGCCUCGAAGUCCUUGCAGCCAGCGCCCCACCACAGUCUGUUCUUGGCCCUGCAGGUCUGUUUUCCCCGCCCCUUGGCCUUCCCUUGGGUUUCUAGAAGGACAGUCAGGCGUUUGUUUCAGUCCCGUUUCUGCUACCCAGGCUCACUCCUUUAGUUUUUUUUGGGGGGGGGGGGCGUCCAGUACCAGGAAUCGAACUCACGACCUCAUGCUGGCCAGGCAGGUGCUGUGCCGCUGAGCUAAAUCCCCAGCCCCUCACUCUUUUAGUUUUCUUAGGCAAUUUUUGCAAACCCUUCAAUGCAAAGUAGACUGACACUAGCCAAGAAGGCAGCUGGAAAGUGCCCAGACCAGGCUACUGUGUGCAGAAAGCCACCCCCUCCGCAUCCCUGACAAGCAUAGCAAUGCAGGUGCCCUGGAGGCCGUUUCAGGGUUGGACAGCCACCGCUUGCUCCUAGAAUCCUGACUCGAACCUCAUUCUCUACAGCAAAUGACAGGGAUCAGUUGCCCUAUCCCAGCCUGUUAAAGCUGGACACAUUUUUUGAAAUGGAGCUAGGUCCUUGGAUUGCAUGCAUGGGUUUGCUUUGAGAACGGAUUUGACUUUUUAGGGGGAAGGCAAAGAAGAUCAAAGUGAAGCCUGGCCUGGGAAUGCACCAAGGACUAAGAUGAUGAUGGACUAACUUGCAGUCAAGCUUUCAGUCUCCGAGUGGGAGGAGAAUCUCCCUUCAGCCCCACGCUCCCUUGGCCAAAUCGCUUCCAGCCUGAACUUUGACAGUCACACCAGCAACCAAGUUAAACAGCCGCCUGCUUGUGGCCUGCGAGCUCGGGCUUAAGAGGUGUGGAGGCUCUUUGAGCUUUGAUUCAACACGGCCUGUCUGAAGGUUCGGAGAGGGAGAAGAGGGCUUCGUCAUCACCAAGGACGAACCAGCUCCUCCUGGCCAGCCUCCUGAACCUGCUCUUCCCCGCGGCGCAGUCACCUGGCCUCUGGCUUGAGCUCCGGAAAAGGCAAAGUUCCUUCCUAAAAGCAGGCACCACCUUUUCCUGCCCUCCGACCAGGGCAGCAGCUGCCCCUGAGGAACCACUAACCCUGCAUCCUGCGACCCACUGGUGGCCUCUGUCCCCCACAAAAUGUCCGGCCAGGAUUUAAGCAUCGCCGCCAAACUCAUCAACGGCGGAGUGGCGGGGCUCGUGGGGGUGACCUGCGUGUUCCCCAUCGACCUGGCCAAGACCCGGCUGCAGAACCAGCGCGGGAGAGACACCUACGGAGGAAUGCUCGACUGCCUGGCGAAGACGGCGCGCGCGGAGGGCUUCUUCGGCAUGUACCGAGGGGCCGCAGUGAACCUCGCCCUGGUCACUCCGGAGAAGGCCAUCAAGCUGGCGGCCAACGACUUCUUCCGGCAGCUGCUCAUGGAAGAUCGGAUGCAGCGGGACCUGAAGAUGGAGAUGCUAGCCGGAUGUGGGGCUGGAAUGUGCCAGGUGGUGGUUACCUGUCCCAUGGAAAUGCUCAAGAUUCAGCUGCAGGAUGCUGGACGCUUGGCGGGGCACCCCCAGGGCUUGGCCGCAGACCCCCCAUCCUCCAGGUCCUACAGCACGGGCUCAGCUUCCACCCACAAGCGCCCCUCUGCCACCCUCAUCACCCGGGAGCUGCUGCGCACACAGGGCCUGGCCGGCCUCUACAAGGGCCUGGGGGCCACGCUCCUCAGAGACAUUCCCUUCUCCGUCAUCUACUUCCCGCUCUUUGCCAACCUCAACAACCUCGGAGUCGACGAGCUCUCGGGGAAGGCCUCGUUCGCACACUCCUUCGUGUCUGGCUGUGCUGCAGGCUCCGUGGCUGCUGUCGCAGUGACGCCCCUGGACGUUCUGAAAACUCGAAUCCAAACCCUCAAGAAAGGCCUGGGUGAGGACAGCUACAGCGGGACAGCCGACUGCGCCAGGAAGCUCUGGACCCAGGAGGGACCAGCUGCUCUCAUGAAGGGGGCGGGCUGCCGCGCCCUGGUUGUCGCGCCCCUCUUCGGCAUCGCCCAGGGAGUCUAUUUCCUGGGGAUCGGGGAGCGCGUCUUACAGUGGUUGGAGUAGCCCUGGCCGAUCACAGGUCCCCGGCUCGCCCAUCCCUUAGUCUAGAGCGGGGAAGGGAAGGGAAGGCAACGGCCCUGUCCCAUAGGCAAGUGUCAGCCCUCCCCGCCAGGAAGCUGCGUUCAUCUCCUGGAGCUGCAGGGGAGCUCAGGGGCCCUGACCAUGCCAGCCUUGGGUAUGUUCCUGGAGACCUUCCGGCGGGCGGCCGGCCCCACACCGUAAUACUGCCCUUUCCCACUCGAGCUCCAUACCCGAGUCAGUGUGCGGAUUUAGCUGUUCAUCUCCAGUUACUAACUUAGGGUUAGUCCUAGCACUGUUAGGAGAGGCAUCAGGGAUCCAAGGGGACCGGGGCCAGCGCCUGGCUCGAGGCGGGGACGCCCACGUGCGUCAUAGACAGGGCCAGGCCCAGCAGCUGCCUUGCCUGGGCCCUCCCGCCGACCUCCGUGGGGCCGUGGCUGAAAUAAAGCUCAAGUUAGCCCCGCGAGGGGAA